AUGGAUAUAUAUAAUAAAAUUGAAUUUGAAAUAGAUGAUGAACAAGAUAUCUCAGAGUCGGAGGCCACAUAUGUUAGUCCCACAGAGAAUUCAUCAAAUCCCGAUGUCGAUGCAGAAAUAAGUACAAAUUUGUGCUAUAUCUGCAAUAUUAAAGUUCCCUUGCCAUAUAUGAAGGAACACAUAGAUAGUUCUAAACAUAAGACAUUCCUAAAAAUAGCAGAAGUUGCAUUAGAAAGAGUAAAGAAGCAAAUGGGCUACAACUUUUCUAAUAAAAAUCCUGUACCGUCGAUGUAUUUUUGUCAAACAUGUGUUACAACAACACCUGUCAAGGACAAAUCCUUCCAUAUAAAAUCAAACGCUCACAAAAAUGCUGUUAUAUUAGAUAGAUUAUUAAAUGAAUUUUUAAAAAUAUACGCACAUGAAGAAUUAGAAUCAGAUAACACCAAAUCUGAAAUUGAAACACCUAAUCAUGAAGAAUUGGAUAAAGUUAUCAAUAAAAUGUUAAAUGCUAAUUCUACUAUAAUCUGUAAUGAUGAAGGCACAAACAUAUCCAAUAUCCAAAAGCCAGUCAACAAUAAAGAUAUUGCCAAAGAAAUAGUUGCGAAUCUGAAAUCAAUUACAUUUCAAAAGAUAAAUAAAGAUGCUAUUGUCUGUUCUGGUACAAAUUUAACAGAAUACAUAAAUGUUUUAAAUGCUAAAACUUUUUCUACACACAAGUUGAAAGAUAUCAAUGGCGAGUAUCUUAUUAUCAAAACAAAAGAUGGCAGUCAGUUAAAAGUGACACACAACAAUUUUCAUGGAGUAUUGACUAUGGGAAAGCGUCAUGCUCAGUGCAAACUGUGCACGGAAAUAGUUAGAAAUUUAGACGAACAUAUUUGUUCCCAAAAACAUAUCGAGAAAAUAGUACUGCCAAUAAAUGACAAGGAAUGUAUUAGAAUGUUGGAUAAUACAAAAAGUCAUUGCAUUCUAUGCAAUGAGUUAGUCGAAAAUGCCGAUUUCCAUGCACUUUACAACAAAAGACACGAAGCGUUAUUGAAAAAUGCCAUCUUGUUAUUUGAACAGGUGAAUACAAGCCAAAUAAAACUUGAAGCACAAAGUGAUGUUAACAAACCAAAUAUUACCGCACUUGAAAGUACAAGUGAAGAACAAGAAGAAGAUUGCGCUCGUAAAACUGCCGAUAGUAAUAUAAAUAACGCGCAGUUAGCGCUUGAAAAGAACAAGGGUGUUGGACUAUUGGAUGUAUUGGAUUUCACUAGUAAAACGGCCGAUAGUAAUAUAAAUAACGCGCAGUUAGCGCUUGAAAAGAACGAGGGUGUUGUACUAUUGGAUGUAUUGGAUUUCACUAGUAAAACUGACAGACCUAAAUCUGAAAAAUUUUUUUGCAGUGACUGCCAUGUUAUACUUCACAAAAGAGAUUUUCGUGCACAUAUAUUUAAACAUAAAAAACUAAAAUCACAUAACGACCCUUGCGUAGUAUAUAGAUAUGAUAUAGGGAAAAAUAGCGGAACACGUUUUAGCCGCGAAACUAAUAAUAAUAAUAAUAAUAAUAAUAAAAAGGAAAAAAAAAUUAAGUGA